GACCCCGACGGCGGCGGCGGCAGCAGCAGCAGCGGGAGCGGCGGCAGGUGCCGGCGGCAUGGACCGCGCCAUGGCGAGCCAGCGGAUCCAGAGCGCCCAGGACCUGCUGGAUCUCACCUUCCAGUCCCUGGCGAUGAAACACAUGGAUCUGAAGCAAGUGGAGCUGGACACGGCCGUGGCCAAGGUGGACGAGCUCUCGCGGCAGCUCGAGUCGCUCUGGACCGACGGCCCCGGGCCGCCUGCCGCCGCGCAGGCCAAGGAGCCCUACAGCCCCUUGGAGAGCCCGAGCCGCACCAGCUCGCCUUUCGGCCGGAAAAGCCUGGCUUCGGAGAGCCUGGAGCUCCUCGGCUCCUUCCACGGCGACUCGCUGGGCCGCCCCGCCUCGCCCCGGCCCUCCUACUACCUGCCGGCGGAGGACCGGGCUCCCUCGCCCCGGCCCAAGGUGCUGGCGGUGCCCUACGAGGGGCUGGCGCCGGGGGGGGGCGGCGCCGGCCGGGCCCCCUCGCCCCGGCUGCACCGCUCGUCGCCCGCCGAGCGCCCCUACGACUUCCUGGGCUUCGGCGGCUCGCCGGGCCGGGCCGGCUCGCCGCGCUCGGGCGAGGCCUCCCCGGCGCAGAUGUUCUUCCCCGAGCGGGCGCCGUCGCCCCGGCCGCCCGCCCCGCCGCCCUACGAGGCGCACGGCCUCUACCCGUCCCUCAGCGGGGCCUUGGCACCCUUCCGGGCUCAGGAUGACCUGGUGAUCAAACGGCGCCCGCAGAAGAGCUGGAACGAGUCCGACCUGGACGUGGCCUACGAGAAGAAACCGUCCGGCUCGGGGGGCUACGACCGCGCCGGCGAGGGGCUCCGGCAGCCCCUGGGGCUGCAGCUGGCUCCCUGGAGGGAAUCGAGCCUGGACGGCAAGGACGGUGCCUACGGCGUGCACAGCGCCACGCUGCCCCGCAACUACAAGGUGUCACCGCUGGCCGGGGAGCGGCGGCCCGAGGGCGGGGGGCGGCGAGGCGGCGGACCCCCCCCCGGCGCCCGCGCCUGGCACCCGGCGCUGCAGCCCGCCUCCCGCAUCCCCAUGCCCCCCCCCGGCCCCCAGGGCGCCCGGCCCCCCCGCCACAAGCCCCUGCCCCUCUCCAUGAUCUUCAAGCUGCAAAACGCCUUCUGGGAGCACGGAGCCGGCGUCGGGGGCCCCCGGGGGCUCCCGCCGGGCCCCCUCGCCUUCCCCCGCUCCCCCCCGAAGCAGCCCCCGCUGCCGGCCCCGGCCCCCCCGGCGCUGCCCCCCGGCGAAGGGCCGGGCCGGGCCGUGUCCCCGGAGGCGGCACCCGCGGAGCCGGCGGCACCCCCGGAGGCGGCCGGACCCCCCGAGGCGGCGGCGCGGGAGCCGGAGCCGGAGCCGGAGCCGGAGCUGGAGACGCUGCUGCGGGGCGGCGAGGCGGCGGAGGCGGCGCGGCCGUUGAGCCCCACGCGGCUGCAGCCGCUGCUGCCGCCCGAGGCGCAGGCGGUGCCCGAGUUCGAGGAGGUGGCGCGGGUGCUGGCCGAGAUGCCGCGGCCCCUCAAGCGCCGCGGCUCCAUGGAGCAGAGCCCCGGCCCGGCGCUGCCGCCCACCCACAAGAAGCAGUACCAGCAGCUCAUCACCCGCCUCUUCCACCACCGGCCCCGCAAGGACGAGGCGCCGCCGGCGCCCGACGCCGCCGAGCCGCCCGCCGCCGAGCCCCCCGCCCCGCGCCACAGCCCCCCGCCCGCCCUCCCGGAGCCCCCCGGCAGCCCCCUGCCCGGCCCGGAGCGGCGCUCGGCCCUGCGCGGCCCCUCCUCGCCCCGCAGGCGCCCCAGGGGCCGCGUGCGCCUCAACCCGCUGGUGCUGCUGCUGGACGCGGCGCUCACGGGCGAGCUGGACGUGGUGCAGCAGGCCGUGGCCGAGCUGCAGGACGCCAGCCAGCCCAACGACGAGGGCAUCACGGCGCUGCACAACGCCAUUUGCGGCGCCAACUACGCCAUCGUGGACUUCCUCAUCGCCAGCGGGGCCGACGUCAACUCCCCGGACAGCCACGGCUGGACGCCGCUGCACUGCGCCGCCUCCUGCAACGACACGGCCCUCUGCGUGGCCCUGGUCCGCCACGGCGCCGCCAUCUUCGCCCCCACCGCCAGCGACGGCAGCCUGGCCGUGGAGAAGUGCGACCCGUACCGCGAGGGCUACGCCGACUGCUACACCUACCUCUGCGAGGUGGAGCAGGGCAUGGGGGUGCUCAACAGCGGCGUGGUGUACGCGCUGUGGGACUACAGCGCCGAGCUGGGCGACGAGCUGUCCUUCCGCGAGGGCGAGCCCGUCACCGUGCUGCGCCGCGACCCCCCCGAGCAGCUCGACUGGUGGUGGGGGUCCCUCUACGGCCACGAGGGCUACGUGCCCAAGAACUACUUCGGGCUCUUCCCCAGGGUGCGGCCGCAGCGGAAGAAGGUCUGAAGCGCCGGAGCCGGGGGGGCACCGAGGACGCGGCGGGUGGGGGUGCCCUGGAGCUGCCCCCCCGCCUCGGUGCCCCCCGCCCCCUCUGCCGUCCCUCCAGGCUGCUCGGACGCCUGGGCCCCCCCUUCUCGGGUGCCCCCCGCCUCGUCCCCCCCCCGCCCAGCCUUGUCCCCGCUCUGGGCCUCGGUGUCAACGCAGGGUGCUGGCUUCUGCCGGGAGUAAAGAGCCUUCGCCUGCA